AUGACCACUUUGGUGAAAAACAAUGCUGAUACUGAACCAGAAUCUGAAUCUGAACGAUCCAAAGAAUCUGAAGAUGAAAACACUAAUGCUGAAAACAUCAACAGAAACAAAAUAUUGAUGACUUCACUGAAGCAUUCCCAAGAAACAGAAGACAAAAGGGAAAUGAGUGAUAGUAAUGGAUCAAACAACCAACAAAGAUUAUGGAAGAAACCAACCAAUAGAGUCAACAAAGGUCAAGGUUAUAAAUCUAAAUCUACCACCAGUAAUUCGUUACUUGAAACGAAUUUCACAACCUUGGAUGAAGCUGAAUACAUCAGAUACUAUAGGCAAAACCACAAGAACUCAAACGCCAAAAUUCUAUCAAACAUCUUGAAAGAAAUGAACCAAGAAAUUGGAGAAUUGAAACCUGACUCUGACUACUUGAAAUGGUUCCACCUCAAGUUGAAUCAACCAUCUCAAUCUUCAACGCAUAACAUGUGUGCAUUCAAACAUCACAAUUCCAAAAUUAACAAUGGAAUGAAAUUUGACUUCAGUAUGCUUGAAAAGCUAACAACAAUUAAUUUACUAGUUUUAGAUUUGAAAGAUAUCAAUCAUUACAAAAAGAUGUGUAAAACUAAUUUCAAGUACAACAAACCAUUACUGCCAAUAUUAUCAACUAAAGAUGCUAUUAUCUAUGACUCAAAGAUAAGAAAUGAUUUGAAUCAAGAUGUAUCGACAUCGAGCAUAAAUGGUGAGUUACAAGAUCCAGAGAAUAAAAGACGUUUGACUUCAGAUGAAGAUAUGAAAAAUAAAGAAGAAGUUGAUAAACAAAUUAAAAGUAAAUCAACUGAAAAUGAAGAAGGAAAAAUCAAUGUUGGUAGAGUUACUAGACCAAAACUCAAGUUGAGUGAAACAGCCAAAGAAGAUGAAAUGAGAGAAACUACUGAAACUGAUGACAAAGAAGAGAAAUAACUUCAUUUACUUAUUGGAACUAUUGCAAGUUGGUGCAUUAGAAGAAAACAGUGACAUUAAACCUUCAGAUGCAAUCCACAAGCCAAAAUGAAAAAAAAUUCCGAUUCUGCUAUAAAGGAAAUAUUGAAUGAUGAAGGACAAAAAAGUUCAUUGAAAAACCAACAAAUUCUGUCAUAAACUUUGAAGUUAUUGAAAGUCCAACUCAUGAAUGUUGAUGAAUUAGAACUGUGUACUGCAAGUGAGAGUACAAUUGCAUUGAUUGUCAUUACACAAGAACUGGAACUCAUACUUUUGUCAUUGUUUUAUCACGUUGAAAAGAAUUUACAUAUCCAGUUACUAUUCUGUUGGCUUACUACAACAUUGAAUUAUGUUAUUGUUACGGAUUAUUGAAGACUGCAUAUUAAUCCC